UUGCAUAGUGUAUCAGGAAACAAAGUCAAGGUUAAUAAAUUGUUUCUAAAUAAUCAAGCUACCUUAGCAUUUUGUUGGACUCACAACUCGAACGUAAAGUUUGUCUUUGUCUGACCUGUCAUUAACCAAUUCACCGAAGAGAAAUUGAGUCCAUAAUCAUGACCCAUAAAUUUUAUUUUCAGUUUUAGCACUUUUCGCCACGAGCAAAGUCACAAUUUCCUUGCACAGUACAGUAUCAACACAGCGCACAUUUGCUGAUAAUUGCAGUACAGGAAAAACAAUUAUUUUCAGGUGCCUCUGCUAUUUUUGACACUACAAAAUACCACCAGUGACUGGGGCUACUUCACCGAAAAAUCUGAUAGCGCUUGCUUAGGAAUGAAAAACGGAUGCUAUUGGGCUCGUGGAAAACUGCUCGGUGGUUCAUCGGCAAUAAAUGCCAUGCUUUAUCUACGCGGCAAUCGACGCGACUAUGAUCAUUGGUCGAAAUUGGGCAAUCCAACAUGGGAUUGGGACAGUGUUUUGGAAUAUUUUAAAAAAUCCGAAGACAACCAAGUGGACUAUAUCCGCGAAGAUGAAAAGCAUCAUGGUGUUGGUGGUCCGUUGAAAGUUGGUAAUGCUGACGGGGCUCUGACAAUUAAAUCGAUUUUGGCUGAAUGCUUUCGUGAAAUGGGAUACAAGGAAGUGAACAACAUUAAUGCGGAUAGAUAUGUAGGCAUUAUCAACGCGCAGGUUGUUGUACAUAAAGGGACUCGUUGGAGUGCUGCUAAAUCAUUUUUACUGCCAGUUAUGAACCGUUCAAAUUUGCAUAUUAUAAAGAACGCACACGUAAUGAAUCUGGAAUAUAACAGCGAUGGCUCGGUCAAAGGAGUGAAUUUUAUGAUCAAUGAGUCUAAGCAGCAAUUAGCCGUAGUUCGAAAAGAAGUUGUUUUGUCGGCGGGUGUCAUCAACACACCUCAGGUAUUGAUGCAAUCCGGUAUUGGACCAAAAGAUCAUUUGGAGAGUUUAAAAAUAAAAGUCGUCAAAGAUCUACCGGUGGGAAAAAAUCUUCAAGAUCACGUAGCCGUGCCGUUCUUUCUAUCGUUCGUUAAAUCCAAUCCGACGCAACUACUGCCAAAGGAUAUUUUAAAUAUGAUCUAUCAAUACACAGUCCAUCGAGUUGGCGAACUUUCCAACGUGGGUGCGGUGAAUUUCCUUGGAUUUUUAGACACCAAAAACGGGAAAGACUCCGGGAAGUAUCCAGACAUACAGUACCACACAUUGUACUAUACUCAAAACGAACCUAUGCUUGCAGCAUCUCUAAAUUUAUUCGGCUACACAGACGACAUUGUUCAGUCAAUUAUUGCGGCAAAUAAGUACAGUGAGGUUGUCAUUCUCGUUGCAACGCUUUUGAAUCCAAAAUCAUGCGGAAAAGUGGAACUUAGAAGUGCUGACCCGUUCGAUCCGCCAAAGAUUUACCACAACUACCUCACUCAACGUGACGAUGUGGAUACACUGAUACGUGGACUCCGAGUUCUAAAAAAUAUGUCAACAACCGAAGCGUUCACCGCCUACGAAGGUGAAGAACUGAAACCCAAUCUACCAAAGUGUGACCUAUUACAUCACGACAGCGACAUGUAUUGGGAAUGCUACAUACGACACAUGUCACUCACAUUGUAUCAUCCAGUUGGAACGGUUAAAAUGGGGCCAGACUCGGACAAAGAGGCUAUUGUUGAUUCGCAGUUGCGGGUAAGAGGCGUUAAGGGAUUGCGCGUAGUGGACGCAAGUAUUAUGCCAAAAAUUGUGAGCGGUAACACAAACGCCCCGACUAUAAUGAUUGGUGAAAAAGCGGCUGACUUCAUUAAGGAGCAGUACCCAAAUUGAGUAGCCGGAAGUUAGUUACGGAUGAAAUAACAUCAUCUAACCGGCAACAAAACUGUGACAAAAAUACGGAUCCAUAACGGAAGGAUCUAUCAAUGUCUCACCAUGAUAAUGUAUGCACUUGAUGUAUCCUAGGACGUGUAUGCUUUGAAAUGAGCUAAAAUAAAUGUUGUUCUCAUUAUUUGCAGAUUGUGAAAUUUCGAUCUUGUUAAAUAUUCUUC